GACAGCUAUUGUGUGUAGAGCUCUGUUGUUGAUCUUUGCGCAUUACCUUUGCUCUGUCAAAAGCAUUAUAAGCUGGUUGUUAAUUAACAGGACGCACAGGUCGUCAGGCAUAUGAUUUAUUGGCGUUUAUAUUUAGCUUGACCGAGCUAACAGAGAAUAUGUGAGUGGUAGCAGUAACCACUACAAGCCUAAGAGUUAGGGGGUUAGUGUCAGUUUGCAACUCCCGCGCUAAAUUUAGCAUGUUUGUGCGAACGAGUUCUCAUGAACACACACGCGCGGUGACCCACAGAUCAGCCGGCGACCACGGCUCCUUUUGGGAGGAAAACGACUGAAGCUUUGUCACCUGCUCUCUAAUCCUCUUUGUUUCCUUUUUGGCAUGAAGGCACUGGCCUUGGACUAUGAGUAAUGGGCCCCUGUCUUUCUGAAGUACUGAAACCAUGGGCCUAUCAGAUGAACCAUCAGGGGGCCGCGGCCGUAACAGUCCAGACCCUUUGGUCAGAGAGGCCUACCUGAUGGCCUACGACUACCUUGCCUACGUGACAUCCCCGCCUGGCGCGUACCUCCCUCCCCCUCCCUGUCCGGCGGCAUCCGCGCUUAGGCACGCCGGCGACGAACUCCUCAUCCGUUUUCCUAUCUUCUUCCGCCGCUGGCCGCGUGUCUUCCAGGAUGUGACGGAGAGCACGGCCUGCCCCAUGCUCACGGCCAUCCUGGACGAGCACUUUGGCCCUGCUGCCCCGGGCGGGCGCCGAAGAGACCUGGCCUGGAGUGCUGUGCUGUCGGUGUAUGUGCUGGCCGGACAGAUGGCCCUGCACUGCCAUGACAAUGGCAUGGAUGGCGUGCUGCCACAGCUGCAGGAGUGUGUGGGAGCGUACGUAGAGAGGGUGAUCUGUCCUGAGAUCAGGGAACACGGGGGAUGGUCUGGUUUUAUAUCUCGCUUUGGGGUAAAACAGAGCUUCGAAGGUCAAGUGAAAAGAGUAUGCUAUUGGACUUUACUAAUGUUAACCACAGGCAUCCUCACCUACUUCCUUUGGAAAAGAAGAAUGGGUUGAACAUGUAUAGCACUGUCCUCUGGGAUACAUAGAGACUGUUUUUACAAGCAAUAUGUCUUGGAAUGAAACGAUUACUUCUAAAAAAAAGUAUUAUUGAAUGAAUGUAAUUGUGUAUGAUUGCACUCUAAUUAUGCAUAUUUUAGAGCCACUGUUACUUAAAAAUUUAGAAAUUUUGAAAAGGUAAAACAGUUAUCAGAUUACGUGUAACAUGUAGACGUUUUAUGUGGCUUUCCAAUCAAAGAAAUAGCAUGUUUUUAAUGGUCAAAUCAGUACAGCCAAAGUUCUUCCACUCGGCGGCCAUAUGGCAACGCUUUUUGGGCACUCAUCGGGCAUCCAUCUCGGCAGAAUUGCGCGUGCGCAAGGCUUCAGGACACCAAUCUACUGCAGUCUUGCUCCAGCACGAUUGGCACGAUUUCUUCACAACACACCAUAUUAUUGGCUCAAUGUAUUCACAACACAGCACAUGAUUGGCUCAAUGUAUUCACAUGUCAACGUUUUGCCAAGGAAGGGGUAGGAUAUGUGUAGACAAUGGCCAUAUUGGCGGGACAAACUAACCCCAUGCAUUUCUAUGGAGGAUUUUUUGAGUGCUGUUCUCCUCAUUAGAAAGUCUCUGGUACAGCCUGCCACCUGUUUUACUGUCUAUGCCUACCACCAAUCUAUUGAAGUUUAGUAGGCUGGUCAUCCAGCAUCCUCUGCUGGUCAUGUAGUAGAAUUUUCUGAAAAGUGUGAACUGACAUCAAUUUUUUUGGACGUUGCCUUCUUAACAAAGUAUCACACCAACCAGUUGUAAUCUGAGCGCAAAAAACACACUAGUUCUCAUAACACAGCCAACAGGAAAUAUGUCAGCGACAGUGGUGAAGUAACUGACAAGUAGACAGUCCUCUUGACUUCUGCCACAUAUCACGCUUUUUUUUUUUUUUUUUUUAACUGGUCAACGUAGCACUUAGCUCAUGUGAUUCGGAUCAAGUUUCAGGAAGCAGCACGGCAACCUGGUCUUCGAAUGAGGCCCAGGCCGAGUUGAAACUGCAUUGCUUUGCUCACUCACAGAAGGUAAAUUACUAGGGUGUGCAUGCUUGGAACAGCCACAAGCUUCCUCCAUUAGUAGGCUACAUUGUUGUGUUGAAUAAAAAUGUAUGCAUACCUUUAGAAUCAGUAAUUGUAGGCUACAUAGGUCUAUAUUGCCAGUUGAUCAGCCUAAGAUUCCUGGUUUUCAACUAUUAAUAUCUUUAAUAAAUAACCAAUCUAUAUCAA